CUUUUCGCCGGGAAGGCCAAGCGCGUGCGCGGUGGCGCCGGCCAGACCCCUUGGGGUGCUCGAGGCAGCGUGUGUGAGAAGGGGGAGCGCAAAGUGCGUGAGCGAGGGAGACGGGGAGCGCGCGCUCGCUGUCUCUUUAAGCCGCUCACUCAGGAGCCUGGGCGCGUGUUCAGCGCGGCGCCUCGCCUGGCGCGCCGCUCCGCUCUCCCUUCACUCGCGCAGGGGAAGCUUCCUCAGGCAGACGCGGACGGGCGCUCCGGCUCCUUGCUCUUGCGGAGACCCUCCGCGGGGCGCGGCCCGCUAGCCUCUCCCUGCCCCUCCCUCCCUCCCUUGCCAGCCCGAUUCAACAGGCGUCAUGGACCACGGCCCCAAAGAAGGGGACUCGGCCGGGGCAGCUGCUGGCGACGCCGCUCGAGGGGCUGCCGCCGCCGCCUCCUGCUCCGGCGGCGUGGUGGUGCAAGUGCGGGAGAAGAAAGGACCCCUUCGCGCCGCCAUCCCUUACAUGCCCUUCCCGGUGGCCGUCAUCUGCUUGUUCCUCAACACCUUCGUGCCAGGGCUAGGGACAUUUGUGUCUGCCUUCACGGUGUUGUGUGGAGCUCGGACCGACCUCCCCGACAGGCACAUCUGCUGUGUGUUCUGGUUGAACAUUGCAGCAGCUCUGAUUCAGAUCCUCACAGCGAUUGUGAUGGUUGGCUGGAUCAUGAGUAUAUUUUGGGGAAUGGACAUGGUCAUUCUUGCCAUUUCACAAGGGUACAACGAACAUAGGAUCCCUCAGCACUUGUGAUGCGGUUUGGCACCAAUGACGCACAAAGAUAACUUCGUUUUUGUCCUUCUUUUUCCUCUGUCCAGCGGAGCGGAGGUGCAGAGCGGCAGAGAGUGACCUUCACUGAUCACUUUGACAGCCAACACCACCGUGAAGGCGCUGCCAUGUGGAUUUUGGGACUAGCACAGCCAAUGCUCCGGCGUGACAGGCAAGCCAUUCCAAAAGCGGGAGGGGAGCCAUUGGCUAAGCUGAGAUGUCACCGAGGAGGAUGGCAAUGGAGCAAAACAUCAAAGGGAAGGGACCUGCUAGCUAGAGAUGUUACCAUUCUCUCCAUCUGCAGGUGGGGAACACUUGGAAGCAUUUCGCCUCCUUUGUGACUUGCUGAGGAAACGGCUCUGGUGUGAAUAUCAAAGAAGGAAAUGAAAUAUUUAUAGAUACAUUUAUAGAUGUAAAAGCAAAAGUUGGAUGGGACAACCUGUUUCCCAAGAGGCAUCCCUUGACUAUUUCUUGGGUGCAGGAGGGUUCAAGCUGAGGCCUUUCUUGCUCUCUUGAGUGUGUGUAUGUAGUUUUUAAUGGUGCUCGUUGACAAUCAGUUUUCCUCAGCCAUCCUGAGAUUUUGCUUGCUGCUUUUGUACAUUCUAUGUCAUUGUUAAGGUGAUUCAGGCUCAGCUGUUUAUGCAUCCUGCCAUCUUCUGCCUGCUGAAUGCUGAAAACAAGUUUGGAUCUGUUGUCAGCCAGGACGGGAGAAGCUGGCUCUUGCCAAGAUCCAUCAUCACUCCUUGGUUUUUAUGAGGGUGCUUUGUUCUGGAGUGGGAGUGGGAGGCACAGUUUCUCAGAUAUUAUAAUAACGAGUCUUUCCGUCUUGUUGUAUAGUAAGUAGAGAAAGAGAGAGCCUCCCCCUACCAGCUCCCUGAGAAGACACUGCCACUAAAUGUUACUGUACUCUGGAAACAUGUAUAUACAACAGAUUGCAUUCUGUAGCCUGUGUGCAGUAGAGCUGUGGCUUCUGUCUGUUUCCUAGCUUAUGUGCCCAACACUCCUAGGGCGCACACAGAUAGUCUUACAUAUAUUCUAAGCAUUAA